CCAGGAUCACGUCCGGAGCGUUUGACAUCUGAAAAGCGAUCCUUGAGUGGGAGCUCGCUAUCUGCCGCGGUCUCGAUUCGAGACUCUCGAGAAAGGGAAAAGAAGGAAAUAUGUGAUCUUAACGAUAGAUUUGCCAACUAUAUCGAGAAGGUUCGUUUUCUGGAUGCGCAAAACCGCAAAAUGAUGAACGAUUUGGAGGUAUUUAGAGCUCGUGUCGGCAAGGAUACGAUGAGCACGAAGGCGAUGUUCGAAUGCGAAAUUUCGGUUGGUUUUUCAUUUGUGUUAUAUAUCGUUAUUAUGUUUUUUGUUUAUUUAUUUUUAUUUACAUUUCUAUUGUUAUUACCGUAUUUGAUAUUUUAUAAAAUAAAAGUUCGUUAUAAAUAUAUACAAUUGUUCACUUAA